GGUCUUGUGCUAGAAUUAUUGCUCUUACUCCGGCAUCCGUGUCGAUAUGUCUGCAGUCUCUGGUCAUCUUCUGUACUAUUUCCGCAGUCUCUGGUCAUCUCCUGUACUGUGUUCGCAGUCUCUGGUCAUUUCCUGUACUAUGUCCGCAGUCUCUGGUCAUCUCCUGUAGUAUGUCCGCAGUAUCUGGUCAUCUGUAGUAUGUCCGCAGUCUCUGGUCAUCUCCUGCACUAUGUCUGCAGUCUCUGGUCAUCUCCUGCACUAUGUCUGCAGUCUCUGGUCAUUUCCUGUACUAUGUCUGCAGUCUCUGGUCAUUUCCUGUACUAUGUUCUCAGUCUCUCCGGUCAUCUCCUGUAGUAUGUCCGCAGUAUCUGGUCAUCUCCUGUAGUAUGUCCGCAGUCUCUGGUCAUCUCCUGUACUAUGUCCGCAGUCUCUGCUCACCUUCUGUACUAUGUUUGCAGUCUCUGGUCAUCUCCUGUACUAUGUCCGCAGUCUCUGGUCAUCUCCUGUAGUAUGUCCACAGUCUCUGGUCAUCUGUAGUAUGUCCACAGUCUCUGGUCAUCUCCUGUACUAUGUCCGCAGUCUCUGGUCACCUUCUGUACUAUGUCUGCAGUCUCUGCUCACCUUCUG